AUGGGUAAACAGGCCGCGGUCGAGGCCAUACUCGCACUGGAUCCGUUGUCAGCACGCAAGCUAGACAUACGCGGCUAUUCCGUGUUGUGGCAUGUGGCGCGCGGGGGAGACGCCAGCAGGAUGGCCUGGCUUCUCCGUGACGGGUUUACUAUCGAGGCGAUGUGCAGGGACGGACGAAGACCAAUCCAUGCGGCGUGCAGGGAGGGAUACUCGGAUGUUGUCAAGGUUCUAUUGGAAUCCGGGGCCAGGGCUGAUGUAAAAGAGCCUAGCUUCGGCCUCACCCCUGCACACCUAGCAGCCAUGUUUGGACACCACGAGUGCCUUGAGCACAUAAUCGGACACUCUUCUGGUUCUCUCGUGGCCAAUGGGCGUACCAAGUGCGUCGAGGUGCUGCUCGAAGCUGGGGUCGACGUCUCGCGUCGCUGUGAGUGCUACUUCGUUAGCUUCAAUGAGGCGCGCUCGAUCAAGAAGCCGGAAUCUUUUGAUGUGGUCGCUGCCAACGAGUUGCCCGGAAAUAUCGCGGCUGAGAGGGGCUUCGACCAGAUAAUGGAGCUGAUUUCUGGGCGCGGGCGGGAAGCAGCCAAGAGCCCCCUCAGUCCCCGGGCUAUGAGUUUCGAGCGUGAGGACGAUUGGGUCGUACGAUCGGUGUCAGCUCCAAGUGGCACGGGUCUUGCGCCAGAGUCGUCAUGA